AUUUCUUCCAUCCGUGAAGGAGUGAACAGAAGCUGAUCAAAGCCUCACUCCAGCUACCUUCUCUGUACAGUUGAAGAGGGAAAAUGGGGAAAGAGCUGAGAUUCUUGAUUGGGAUUGUUGUGGUAUGUGGUUGUGUGCUUGUAGCCAAUGCAGAUUACAUGCUCUACAAAGAUCCCUCAAAGCCAAUAGGUCGAAGGAUCAAAGACCUGAUGGGCAGGAUGAGCUUGGAGGAAAAAAUUGGGCAAAUGGUUCAGAUUGAACGCCAAGUUUCAUCUUUUGAGGUCAUGAAGAAAUACUAUAUAGGUAGUGUGUUGAGUGGAGGAGGGAGUGUUCCAAAGGAGAAUGCAUCUGCUCAGGACUGGGUGGACAUGGUGAAUGAUUUCCAGAAGGGCUCGUUAGCAACCCGGCUUGGGAUUCCUAUGAUUUAUGGGAUUGAUGCAGUUCAUGGCCAAAACAAUGUUUAUAAAGCUACUAUUUUCCCCCACAAUGUUGGUCUUGGAGCAACCAGGGAUCCUCAACUGGUUAGGAGGAUUGGCGCUGCAACUGCUCUUGAAGUCAGGGCUACUGGGAUUCAAUACGUAUUUGCACCCUGCAUUGCGGUAUGUAGAGAUCCUAGAUGGGGCCGGUGCUAUGAGAGUUACAGCGAAGACCCCGAGAUUGUGAGGGCUAUGACUGAAAUCAUCCCGGGAUUACAAGGGGAGAUACCACCAAAUUCUCUGGGCGUCCCCUUUGUUGCUGGAAAAGAAAAGGUUGCUGCUUGUGCUAAGCAUUACGUGGGCGAUGGUGGCACUAUAAAGGGCAUCAACGAGAACAACACGUUGAUCGACUGGCAUGGCCUCCUCAGUAUUCACAUGGCAGGCUACUAUAAUUCAGUUAUCAAGGGUGUGGCUACUGUUAUGGUCUCCUACUCGAGCUUGAACGGGGUGAAAAUGCAUGCUCAUCAACAAAUGAUCACCGGGUUUCUUAAGAAAACACUGCGUUUCAGAGGUUUUGUUAUCUCGGAUUAUAUGGGGAUUGACAAGAUUACACCUACCAUGCACGGGAACUACACGUACUCCAUUCUACAUUCUAUCAAUGCCGGAAUUGAUAUGGUUAUGGUUCCAAACAACUAUACAGAAUUCAUUGAUGGACUAACGUUUCUAGUGAAGAAUAACUUUGUGCCAAUGAGCCGAAUUGAUGAUGCAGUUAAGAGGAUUCUCAGAGUCAAGUUCGUAAUGGGCCUUUUUGAGAACCCAUUGGCUGAUUAUAGCAUGGCGAACUAUCUUGGGAGUAAGGAGCACAGAGAGCUGGCAAGGGAAGCGGUGCGAAAAUCUCUUGUUCUUCUGAAGAAUGGAGCGAAUGCGGAUGAACCGGUUUUACCACUCCCAAAGAAAACGUCGAGAAUUCUGGUUGCAGGAACUCAUGCAGACAAUAUCGGCAAUCAAAAUGGCGGGUGGACAAUAACAUGGCAAGGAGUUCCUGGCAAUAAUUGUACUGUAGGUACUACAAUACUCUCGGCUAUAAGAAACACUGUUGAUCCAAAAACCGAAGUUGCUUUCAAAGAAAACCCCGAUGUGGAAUACGUGAAGUCAAACGAGUUCUCCCACGCCAUCGUGGUUGUGGGGGAGACGACGUAUGCAGAGGGCUACGGGGACAGCUUAAACCUGACGAUCCCCGAGCCUGGACCGACCAUUCUGACAAACGUGUGCGCCUAUGUGAAAUGUGUCGUGGUUCUCAUCACCGGGCGGCCUGUUGUGAUUCAGCCGUACCUCCCUCAGAUUGAUGCCCUUGUGGCUGCUUGGCUUCCAGGAACCGAAGGCCAAGGCGUUGCAGAUGUGCUUUUUGGUGAUUUCGGUUUCUCAGGCAAGCUUCCCAGGACAUGGUUCAAGACUGUUGAUCAGCUCCCCAUGAAUGUUGGAGAUCCUCACUAUGACCCUCUCUUCCCUUUUGGAUUUGGGCUUGAGACAGAGGGUAUAAACUAGAAGACAUUACUGUUCUAUUGAGAGGGGAAAGAGAACAGUAUGUACCACAGAAAACUACACUUCAUUGUCUAACAUUUCUCCUUUUUUUUUUUCUUUUUUUUUUUUUAUAAAUACUUCGUAAUUCAUUGCUAUUACACAUAAGCGGGUUUACUGGUGGACACACUUAGGUCUUGGCUGCUGGUUUUCGUCGUCACUGAAAAAAGAAAAGAAAUCAUUGUUACACACUUAUUACACUGAUGUUACACUAAAUAAUCACUUUCCACUUUUAUAGUAAUAUUAUUAUUAUUGUACUCAA